AGAAACAAGAACAUCAAUCACAGCUCCUACAAUUAUCAAGCAGUAGCGAAUAUCUUGCGUCUCUGCAUGAAGGACAAUGGCCCGCUCUCAUUUGCUGGCUGUUCUUAAAAGAUCUCGUUUAAUAGUCCAUAUUCCAGGAUCACAGCAGAGUUAUUCGGCCAAUAUCAGCACAAGUGCGAGCAAGGAGCUUACCUCCUUAUUGGGCUUCCCUGCCAGCACUUGGCCCUAUGCCAGUGCUGUCGUGCGUGAGCUCCUUGGCGGUGGACGUAGCCAGCAGAAAACCUCUUCAGCUGAUUCAGUGGCAGAUGGCGUUGCUCAAUCAACAAUCAGUACAGUCACAGCAGAAGCCAGGCAGCCGAACAGUGACCUAGCACGGCUAUUGCAAAUCGGUGAGAGCUCACCAGCAAACAGGAAGGAGCUGGCUAGGCAAGUCGUGGUGCCGCUUCAGCGCCUCUGCCCGCAGCUGGAGUACCUCUCACCUAACGAAAUCACACAGCUGGUGGCUGUACUGGGACACCUUCAAGUCAAGGAUUCCCUCGUUGACAUCGUCCUGGAAGCGGUGAGCGACAUAGUCGCCGACUCUGUGCAGCAGUACAAAGCGCCACAGCUUGCCACCAUCUGUGGAGCUUAUGUGCAGCUGGAACACAGGGGCUCUGGCUACACCAUGCUUUUAGACGCCAUCGUGGGCCAAGUGUUGCGCAGUUUCAAGGACUUGGAUGCUAGCGGCCUGGUGAGCCUCACGCAUGCACUGGCGGAGACGGAGCACGACUCGGAGGGGACGGGGAAACUGCUCAAGGCGAUAGCGGCGGGCGCGCUGGACCUGGUGCCCACGUUCAGCCCGGGACAGCUGGCGUCGCUGCUGGCCUCCUUCUCGCACCUGCGCCAUUAUGACGAGCCGAUGUACCGCGUCAUCUCGCGGCAGGCUGCGCCCACCGUGGCCGCGCUCGAGCCACAGCAGCGCUCCGACCUCCUCCACGCCCUGGCCGUCGUUGGGCAUGAUGAGCCAGAGCUGGUGGCGGCGCUAAGGGACCAUUUGCUGGAGGACGCGGGGCAGCUGUCAGGGUGCGCGCUGUGCGACGUGCUGUGGUCCCUGGCUGUGCUGGACCAGCUCUCCCCGGACGCCUUCCGGCGCAUGUGCGCCCGGCUCGAGCAGCUGCCUCUGGGAGCCUUCGAGCCUGAGAACUUCCAGCAGCUGUACCAGGUGCAGCGGAUGGUGCAGGCGGCCAGCCAGGACCCACUCACCGUCCAGCUGCCGACAUGGAUCUGGGCUUAUGCAGCCAGCGCCUGGCAGGACCGGCUUUUCGCAGAGAGCAACUUCACGCCCUUGCAGCAGAGCAUCUGCCGAACCCUGGCGGACCUGGGCGUGUGGCACGAGGAGAAGUUCCUGCAGAACAUGACGUCCGCGAUCCUGCUGCGUGACAAGGUGGCGAUCCAUCCUGAGGGCCCCACCCUCUACAGCAGCUCCUGGCCCAGGCGGCCGCUCGGGGAAACGCUGGCAGUCAGGCGCACUCUCACACGGCACGGCUGGACCGUGGUGCCCCUGGCCAAGCACGAGUGGAUGGCCUUGGCCUCCCACAAGCGCGCAGCGUACCUGAGGAAGCUGCUGGAUGAUGCGGGCGCCGGGUGA